AUGAUUCUAUCAAGCGAAGAAAUAGAUAUGCGUAAAAAAUCAGAUGAUAUCAUAUUUAAAUCAUGUGAUUUACAAUUGAAUAAUCUACUGCGUGAACGUGAAUUCAAAUUAAUUUAUGUGUUUGAACUAUACAAUAUUAAACUCAAUCGUAAUAGCACUUUACUUGAUAAAAUGUGUAGUAGAAAGAAAAUUCAUGAAAG